AUUCAAUCAAGAGGAAGGAAAUCACUGUUCUUUUAAAUAUCGUUCUGUAUAUACCGUAUUACCAUAUUAGUUGUUUUCCUACACUUAAAUUCAAAUACAAAGAAGUAUGUAAGCUUAUGUCAGUCUGUUACGACAACAUUAGGUAUCGUGGACAUUGAGAAUGCAAUGAAAACUUGUUACUAGUUUGGAUAUCAAGCCACGGCGCCUUAUUUGUAUUGGAAGUGUUUACAUGGAGCUUGGACCGGAAGAUUUAAUCACUCAAGGAAGGAGAGAUUUAGUAUGUGGUGAUAUUAGCAAGGCAGUAGACAAUUUUCAGAAAGCUUGUGAAACUCUGUCGACAAUACAUGGUGACUUUCAUGAAGCUCUUGCUGUCCCUAACUUACUGUAUGGUACUGCACUUCUCGAGCUAUCACGAAUAGAAAGUUCAGUUAUCGGGAACGCAUUGGAUGGGAUACCGGAUCCAGUCAAAGAUGAUUCAGAAUCGGAUAAUGAGAUCAUUGAACCUGGGCCUGAGUUGACAACUGAAGAAAAGGAAGAUAUUUCCAAUCAAGUCAUAGAUGCUAUGUGUGAAGAAGACAAUCAGGAAAACAGUGAAACCAAAGAGGAUGGUGCUCCUAGUGAAGACAUUGAAGCUGUAGGCGGAAAUGAUGCUCCCAGUAAAGACAUUGAAGCUGUAAGCAGAAAUGAUACUGCUGUUGAUAAUCCGACGGAUGACGCUGUCGAGGAAGCUGAGGAUGGCGAAUCAAAUGAAUCUGAGGGGGACGAGCCUGAGGACCAAGAUGAGCUCCAGAAUAAUCCCACGGACUCGGAAGCUGCUAAAUGUGAUGAUGAAGGUGAUGUGUCGAAUCUCCAAAUCGCUUGGGAGGUUAUUGAAGUAGCCAAAAAGCUGUUCUCACAAAAAGAUGACGAGGAAAGCAAGCUGAAUGUUGCUGAGUGCCUAGAAAAGCUUGGUGAGAUUAGUCGCGAGAAAGAAGACUAUGACCAAGCAGUAAUGGACCUAAAGGAAUGCUUAGAAAUCCGUACUGCCAUUUUGGGUCAAAAAGAUCGUCGUGUAGCUGAGAGCCAUUACCAACUGGGAACGACAUAUGCGGUUUCGGGAGAUUUAGAAGACGCAAGCAGCUCCUUCAAAGCUUCAGUUGAGUGUCUCAAGUUGUUGGUUGAAGAUAUCAGGUCAAAAAUCGAAGCUGUUGACCAAAAAGAUGGAGAAAAAAAAGAGCUUUUACAAGUUACACUUAAAGAGAUAGAGCUUUUAAUACCAGACGUUCAGAGUCGGUGUGCAGAUAUUGAGGAAGAUCGAUUAGCUGAAAGCAUUAAACAAACGGAGUCUUCAAUGGAACCGUGCUCUAAUGGUACUAGUGUUCCAACUGAUGACAUAUCACACUUGGUAAGGAAAAAGCGCCCUGUUUCUGGAACGACACCUGUGGAAUCUGUAGAAAAUAUAAGUCUUGAAUUAAAUGGUCAUGGAAACUCAACUUCCAAGAAGGUGAAGCUCAUAGAUGCUAAUGGCGAAUCCUUGCCGAAUGAAAACGGUGUUUAGUUAGUUGAUAUAUGCUUCUAGAUUAUAAACCGGUUCCAAAUAAUUGCAUUUCAUUUUUACAGAUUUUGUCAAAAGUUUUUGUCUAUCGUUUUUGAAUAAUUUAUCUGCAGAUUACUUAUUCCAAAAAUAAAGUUUAUGUAUUCCCUUUGAUGUAUUGCCUUUCUGACAAGUUGAACGAGUUGGUCGAAAAUUUUAAGUCA